GUUUUGAUUCAGGUAUAGGACCCUCCGAACCCGGCCAUCUGAAUUUUUUUUCUUGGAUUUUUUUUAAUUUCCUCUUACGUUUUACCUUUGCAUACACUAGACUCUGAAAUUGAUUCUAUGAGUCAACCCCGCGACCUAGCUUAGGGAACCCCACUCGUGCCAGAAGGUGACGCCUGUUCACUUAUACCUAUUUCAUUCCGGCACCUGAAUGAAUCGGUUCUCAGAGUAAUUCACCUUAACCACCAGUACAUACUUUUGAGCUUUCAGUCGUGAUUGUUGGAUUACUCCACCAAACGUAGGCGCAGUCCAACUUCAUUACAAUGUCGACCCCUCAGAAUAUCUUAAGUCCUACCGGGAUUCGAGAAUACGCUGUGGCAGUCUCAACGUCACCCUCAGCAACUUUCUCGCCACCACCGAGCGGUACCAGCGUCAGCUUUGGUGCUUUUGUUCAUGGACAUCCACAAAGAGGAGCAGCGAAACCGCUGAAGCCCUUCAACACAACCGACAUCAAGAUUUUGCUGCUUGAGAAUGUGAACCAGAGCGGACAGGACAUCUUGAGGGAACAGGGCUACCAGGUCGAGGCGCACAAGACCUCAUUACCAGAGGAUCAGCUGAUCGAGAAGAUCCGCAGUGUGCACGUCAUCGGUAUCCGGUCAAAGACUAAACUCUCAGAAAAGGUGCUCCGUGAAGCCAAGAAUCUGCUUGUCGUCGGCUGCUUUUGCAUUGGAACCAACCAGGUAGACCUCGAGUAUGCGGCGCGCCAUGGAAUUGCCGUCUUUAACUCCCCCUUCGCCAACUCGCGCAGUGUGGCAGAGCUGGUCAUAGCCGAGAUCAUCACCCUGGCCCGGCAGCUGGGUGACCGGUCCAAUGAGAUGCACCGCGGGACUUGGAACAAGGUCAGCGCCAAGUGCUGGGAGAUCCGCGGCAAGACGCUCGGUAUCGUUGGCUACGGUCACAUUGGAUCACAGCUUUCGGUCCUCGCCGAGGCCAUGGGAAUGUCAGUCGUAUACUACGACGUCAUGACGCUCAUGGCGCUGGGCAAAGCAGUCCAGGUGUCCAAGCUUGAGGACCUGCUGCGCGAGUCUGACUUUGUCACGCUGCACGUUCCCGCCACCCCUGAGACCGAGAACAUGAUCUCAAACGUUCAGCUGAGUCAAAUGAAGACCGGCUCAUAUCUGAUCAACGCCUCCCGAGGAACGGUCGUGGAUAUUCCUGCUCUUAUAAACGCCAUGCGCGGGGGCAAAAUUGCGGGUGCGGCGCUUGAUGUGUACCCGAACGAGCCGGCGGCCAACGGAGACUACUUCAAUAACCAGCUCAACACCUGGGGCGAGGACCUGCGCACCUUGAACAACAUAAUUCUGACCCCACACAUCGGUGGCAGCACAGAGGAGGCACAGCGGGCGAUCGGUGUCGAGGUUGCCGACGCACUGGUGCGGUACAUCAACCAGGGAGUGACGCUCGGCAGUGUCAACCUGCCCGAGUGCAACCUCCGGUCGUUGACGCUCGAAGAGCCCAAUCACGCCCGCGUCAUCUACGUCCAUCGCAACGUCCCUGGUGUGCUGCGCAAGGUGAACGAGAUCCUCGGAGAACACAAUGUCGACAAGCAGAUUUCCGACAGCAAGGGCGAUGUCGCCUAUCUGAUGGCGGAUAUCAGCGAAGUCAAGGAGGGCGACAUCAAGCAGAUCCACGAUGCUCUGGAGUCGCUUAGCUCACGUAUAAUUACCCGUGUUCUGUUUUGAGCUGAACGUUUCAGGAAAAAAAAAAACGUCAUCUCAUCAAACAGCCAAUCAAUUGAUCUCUGGACUGCAGGGCACCAAGCGAGAGAUUUUCGUUCCGGCUUAUCAUUUUCUUUUUUUCUCAGUUGGAAGUCUGGGAUAUUCAACAUGGGCAGGGGCAAGAUAAUUUAUUUGUUUCUUGGCUUGGUCUUGAAAACUAUUUUUUUUUUGAAAAAAAAAAAACCCCCCAAAAAAAACCAAGUCAGCCGUCGCUGGCACGCAGGCUGACGACAGGUUAUGGUAUAAAAAGCAUCGAAUCAAAUCAAAUAAAAACAAAAGAAAAGAAAGGGAAGAACCUGGGUUCAACACGGUUACGCAUGAAGAUAUACAUGGAAUUGAUUCAUUUAGCCCUCGAAAUAACAGCAACAUAUCCAGCUUUCAAACUGUUUUCACUCA